GCAAGUUUAACUUUAUGAACAAUGGCUUAUUUACUAGUUAUACUAGUACUGAUGCUAGUUUCAGUAUCUGAGGCAUUUCAUCUGGAGAACAUUGGUCGUUUUGACUGGCAGAAGAGCCUUCGACCAGGUGAGGGAUGCCCUAAAAAGUGCCACCCUGAGAGGUGCCCAGAUGUUAGGCAGCUGCAGGGUUGUCCAGCCGGGCUGGUUCGGGACCAGUGCGGGUGUUGCUGGGAGUGUGGGAACGAUGAGGGGCAGCUGUGUGACCCGGAGCCCCGGUCCGGGUCUAAUUUCUACGGGCGCUGUGCUGAAGGUUUGCGCUGCAGAGCUCCUCGCAGAAACCCCACAGGCGAGCCCAGAGCCGUGUGCGUGUGCAGCAAGCAGGAAGCACUCUGCGCUUCUGAUGGAAAGACAUUUAAGAAUAUAUGCCAGUUUCGGGCAGCCCAACACAAACAAGGCAAAGGUCAGACGUUGACAAUGGUGCACCACGGACCCUGCAAGACAAAACCAGUUAUCACUUACGCUCCCCAUGACAUCGUCACAGCCAAAGGAAGUGAUGUCAUCUUUUCCUGUGAGGUGUCGUCGUAUCCACUGGCUUCCGUCCAGUGGCGUAAAGAGGGGGACGUUAUUUCUUUUCCUGCUGAUGAUUCAAGCACGGCUGUACAGGCCCGUGGAGGUCCGCGGAGGUUUGAAUUGACCGGCUGGCUCCAGAUUCAAAGAGUCGGCCCGAACGAUGCAGGUGUGUACACAUGCACCGCCAGGAACGCCUUCGGAGAGGUGUCUGCCUCCGCCAGAUUACAGGUUACACAUGGAGGUUCUCAGCUGAACAAAGAGUUCCGGCAAAAAGAAAGCGGAGCUUAUAGAAUAUCAGGCGAAGAGGUGAAUGUCGACGAUGAAGAUUACGAAGGCCAGCCUAGUGGACAUAUGUAUUUGUAGCAUAUAGAU